ACGCUUUACCAUCCCCAGUUCUGCCGCUGAAGCUCCAAGUUUGUCCUGUGAAGUCAACCAGAAACCCUAGCAUUCGUCGCGAUGAUCCCGAGCAAGAUCCCGACGGAAUCCGACUUGCAGGUCGAUGCCCCUCCGGUGAGGGUGAGGGCUCUCACUGCGGCCACGCAUGCCGCGAUCCAGCCGUCCUCUCCAAGCUUUUUCUUCUCCGCCGCCGCCGCUGCCAACCCCUCCGCUGGAUCUCAUCGCCGGAUCGCCAUAGCUGUCGACCUCAGCGACGAGAGCGCCUACGCCGUUAAGUGGGCCGUGCAGAAUUACCUCCGCCCUGGGGAUGCAGUCAUCCUCCUCCACGUCCGCCCCACUUCCGUCCUGUACGGCGCUGACUGGGGUGCUAUCGACCUCUCCGUCUCCGCAGAUGCGGACUCGGAGGAAGCCGGCUCCGAGGAGUCGCAGCAGAAGCUGGAGAGUGACUUCGAUGCCUUCAUGACCACCAAGGCGGAGGAUCUUGCCCAGCCUCUUGUCGAGGCUCAUAUCCCCUUUAAGAUUCACAUUGUGAAGGACCACGACAUGAAGGAGCGGCUUUGCCUAGAGGUGGAGAGGCUUGGGCUCAGCGCCGUGAUCAUGGGCAGCAGGGGCUUCGGAGCCUCAAGGAGAACCAGCAAGGGGAGGCUUGGAAGCGUCAGUGACUACUGCGUUCGCCACUGCGUGUGCCCGGUUGUGGUGGUUCGUUAUCCGGAUGAAGGUGGCAUAGCUGGAGGCAUCGCGGAGGGUGGCAGUCCUGUGGCAGCCAGGAGAUCUUCAGAUAAAGACACCGAGCUGCAACCAGUCCCAGAAGAAGACGAGUACCAUGAUGCUUCGAAUCAGCAUAAAGGUAACUGAGUAUAUCUGACGCAGCCCUCUCUCAUCCAGGUAGUAAAUAUUAUUCAUAAGCUCAUCUAUGCUAUGUAUCGUGCUACAAAUCCCUCUCUUUUUCCUUUGGUGAAAUGUAAUGUACUAAAUCCUCUCAGUUUGUUUGCUUCCUGUUCGUUGGUCGAUACUUUCCUCCAAGCUUGACUGCACCAAACUUGGCCAAAUAUCUGAUUGAUGAUGUAUCUUUUGGUAGACUUGGAAGCUCAGUGUUGAGAUGUUAUAUCCAACUGAGGAAGCAGAGGUGUAUGUUUCAUCAUUUUUUUACUGCUUUUGGGUUCACAUGACAACUAUCUAGGAAUUCGAGUGAUGCCCGGGUAUUGUUUGUGUUAA